GUACAACCGAAUCAUGCACACAUCAGCUACCCUCCUCAUUUCCCUUUUCUCUAGAAACCUCCCCAAAACCCUCAGAACCCUAACCCCCGGUUGCGCGCUGUCUCUGUCUGAAGCCCCAAGGUGUCACCAGCACCACCAGCAAUGGCGCUGUACUCUCUCCGUCUCCGCCGAACCCUAACCUCGCUCUCCACACUCCACCGCUCUCUGUCUGCAGUUCCUGCAAUCUCCACUGCCGCUUUACAAUCUUCGCGUCUACAGGGCCCGACGUCAACGUCCACGCCAUCGCACCCCUGGGCUCUUCUUGUCCAAUCUCGGCCUUUCAGAUCGACGACCGUCGCGCUCUUCUCGGCCCGCUCAACUUACAACAGCAACAAUACUGAAGAUAUAGGCCCGGACACCAUACUGUUCGAAGGUUGUGAUUACAACCACUGGCUCAUCGUUAUGUCUUUCCCUAAAGACGACAGGCCCACCCCCCAGGAAAUGGUCCAGGCCUACGAGGAGACCUGUGCUACGGGCCUCAACAUCAGUGUGGAGGAGGCGAAAAAGAGAAUUUAUGCUUGUAGUACAACAACAUAUGAGGGCUUUCAGGUUGUGAUGACAGAAGAAGAAUCAAACAAAUUUCAGGGUUUACCUGGAGUUACUUUUGUGUUGCCUGAUUCUUACAUAGAUCCGGUAAACAAGGAGUAUGGAGGAGAUAAAUACAUAAAUGGAACAAUUAUACCCAGGCCUCCCCCUGUUCAGUAUUGGAAGCAGGGAAGAAACCGUGAUCGCAGAUAUGGCCGCGAAGGUCAAACUCAGCAAUAUAGACCCUCAAAUGACUACCAGGUGUCAGGAGAUGGAAGGAACCACGGUGCUCAACAAAAUUAUCAAUCACAACAGAAUUAUGCCGCACCAGGACCAGGAGAAAGAAGAGAUCCUAUGCCCAUGACCAGGAACCAUGGGGCUCCACAAAAUUAUCCAUCACAACAGAAUUAUGCUCCACCAGGACCAGCAGAAAGAAGAGAUCCUAUGCCCAUGAGCAGGAAUUCUGCCCCGGGAGGAAUGGGUACUUACCAGUCAGGGAGGGGAGAUCCAAUACCUCCAUAUCAGGGCAACUACAAUCCAGGGAGGCAGGGAGAUUAUUCUCCCCAACAACAAAGGAACUUCCCCCAAGGAGAUCAGAGUCGUUAUGUACCUCCUGCACAAGGGAAUUUUGUGGGAGCCAAUAGGAAUUAUGGUCCUUCACAGGAUGGCACUUAUGGUCAUGGAGCAGCUGGAUAUCAAGGCCAGGAAACAUUUGGAGCUUCUGGGCAGGGAGCAAGUUCUGGCUAUGAGCACAGUUACCAAGGGCAUGGAGAAGGUCAAAGGGUCUCACAAGAUGAGCAGAGGAACUGGCAAGGAGAGCAAAGGACCUAUGCACCUAGAGGACCAACGGGAAGUGACCAGGGGAGAUAUUGAUAAUAUCUCAAAUGGUUACUUGAGAGCAUGAUGGGAAGGGAUCUGUAAAGAAGUUGUUCUCUCCUUCAUUCUCAUCCGCAAGGGCAGAAAAUACAAGGCCUUCUGAGUUCGUCACCAUAAAUAGUCUGCCAAUUUUUCCUUUUUUAUGCGACUUUAUUUGACUUUUGAAGUUGGAAUUGGUAACUUCCUUUAUGAAGCUUGAACUUUGAUUUCUGCUUCUACCAAAGUCUCUAGGUUGAUUACAAUAUGAUUGUGGUUUAUGGGAUCUUUUCUAAUCUUUUGGUUUGUGAAGCCUAAUGGACAAGGGACACAUGACACUUUUAGAGACUAGGUUGGAGAAAUUUUCCUACAACCCAACUUGUAGAAAAAUUGUGUCCAUCUCAGAAUAUAGCUGUUGUACGUAUUGAUUCACCAUUGUGUUUUUGGGAAUUAAGGUCAUCUAGAAUUUCUACGGUUUUGAAA